AUGCAGAACGCCGAGGGAACGACCGUUGAUCUUUACGUGCCACGUAAGUGCAGUGCCACCAACAGGCUCAUCCAGGCCAAGGACCAUGGCUCCGUGCAGAUUAACAUCGCUCACGUCGAUGCUAACGGCACCAACUCUGGCGCGUACACCACUGUAGCUCUCUGCGGAUUCGUCCGCCAGAAUGGAGCAGCAGACGCUGCCCUUACUCGUAUUUGGGAUGAGAAACAAAGGGGAGAGCUUCGCGGCCAAUAGACGUCUAUACUCUUUUGAAAUGCAAGAAUAAAUGAAAACAAAAGGGAA